GUCGUGAGAAACAUGAAAAAGGGGAAACGAGACAGCGUCUGCAAGUGAAACGGGACUCAUUGGACGGAAUUAAGUGAGAUCUGUAAACACCUCCUCCGUGUGAAGCACGGGAUCCCGGAGCUCGGCAGGAUUGGUCCACCUCGGGAUCGGCUGUCACUCCGUUCUCCGUGAGGCUCACUGCUAGCUAGCUGUCGGAGGGCAGCGGCGGCAGCAGCAGCAGAUACUCCCACCACCAAAGGCGGAGAGAAGCGGGGGACCCCGGCAGCUUUCACCCACAGGACGAAGUAACACGACACCGUUCCCUGUGAGCUUCCCGUCUGAUGGAGCAGUGCUUGUCAGUCUUUGCGAAGAGGCACCAUGUUUCCUUGCCACGUCUCCCCCUGGCCGCCCGCUGAACCUCCGGCGUCCUGCGGCAGUCAUGCGCCUUCAGUGCCGCCCUCGCAACCCCUGCCUGACCUGCUGUGCAGCUGCCCCGCUCCACCUUUGAACGCUCACUCGGAAACGCCUUCCCCGGACCCCAUGGAGUCCCUCAUCGUGGUCACAGAGUACGAGCCCAGCAGACCGCCCGGAGAGGCCGGCGAGGAAGAGGUCGAGGAGAUGGACAGCUCUGAGACACCCGAGCCGGCGUCCUCUGUGGCGGGCCCUUUCAGGACUCCGUCCUGCGACCUGCUGUCCCACACGGUCAGCCGAUGUGAGGCGCUGCUCCCCGAAGGCCAGGAGCAGAGGGGAAGAUUGAACCUGUCGGACAGGAAGCUGUCUCUGCAGGAGCGCUCGCAGACUGCGACGUCGCCUUGCAGCUCCCCCGGGCUCAACGGGCGCUACAUCUACCCGUCGUUACCUUACUCCCCCAUCACGUCGCCUCACUCGUCUCCACGCCUGCCCCGCCGGCCCACCGUGGAGUCCCACAGCGUCUCCAUCACAGACCUCCAGGAUUGUGUUCAGCUCAACCAGUACAAGCUGAAAGACGAGAUUGGAAAGGGCUCCUACGGUGUCGUGAAGCUGGCUUACAAUGAGGAUGACAACACCUACUACGCAAUGAAGGUGUUGUCCAAGAAGAGGCUGAUGAGGCAGGCAGGUUUCCCACGGAGGCCUCCUCCUCGAGGAGCCAGAGCAGUUCCUGAGGGCCCCCCUCAGCCUAAAGGGCCGCUGGAGCGGGUCUAUCAAGAAAUCGCCAUCCUUAAAAAACUGGACCAUCCUAAUGUAGUGAAGUUAGUAGAGGUUUUGGAUGACCCCAGUGAGGACCAUCUGUACAUGGUGUUUGAGCUGGUGAAACAAGGGGCUGUGAUGGAGGUGCCGACGGAUAAACCUUUCAGCGAAGACCAGGCACGCUUUUACUUCCAGGAUCUGCUCAGGGGAAUUGAGUAUUUGCAUUACCAGAGGAUCAUCCAUCGAGACGUCAAGCCCUCCAACCUGCUGGUGGGAGAAGACGGCCACAUCAAGAUAGCAGACUUUGGAGUCAGCAACCAGUUCGAAGGAGCCGAUGCGUUGCUGACCAGCACAGUGGGAACGCCCGCUUUCCUCGCCCCUGAAGCUCUGUCUGAGACCAGGAAGAACUUCUCUGGAAAGGCACUGGACGUCUGGGCGAUGGGAGUGACGCUUCAUUGCUUCGUCUUCGGAGUGUGCCCAUUCAUGGAUGAGCGCAUUCUCAGCCUGCACCAAAAAAUCAAAACACAGCCGGUGGUGUUACCAGAACACGCCGACAUUUCCGACGAUCUGAAAGAUUUGCUGUUAAAAAUGCUGGACAAGAACCCAGAGACCAGAAUAUCAAUCCCACAAAUUAAGGUGCACCCAUGGGUAACGAGACACGGCGCCGAGCCGCUUCCCCCCGAGGACGACAACUGUUGCACGCUGAUCGAGGUGACCGAGGAGGAAGUGGAGAACUCUGUCAAACACAUCCCGAGUCUGGCCACAGUGAUCCUGGUGAGAACUAUGUUGAGGAAGCGCUCCUUCGGGAACCCCUUCGACUGGGGCCGGAAAGAAGAGCGCAGCAGCAACUUAUGUGCUUCGGGCCAAAUGCUCACGAAACAGGAGAGCGGUGACGGAUUGAGAAGUAUGGACCUGCCCUACGUGGGAGAAGACGAGGCUCUUUCCUGAUGCGGGGGGGGGGCGAGGGUUAAUAUGCACGCUGGUAUCUGCCUGCAAAAAAAACAAAUAAAAAACAAAACAACAAAGGGAAAAAAAAAAAUAACACAGCACGACACCCCUUUACUCCCAGUUUUAUACUGUCAUCCCACACCUACGUACGUUUCCGGGGAGGUGGACAAGUGAGUCGGGCUCUGAAAGACGAGGGGGGAGGAGGAACGUUUAAGGCACUUUGAUGAUCAUUCCCUGUUUUUCUUCCCCUCCCACAGCUUAGUUUGGGGUUGUGGGAUUUCUGACUGUCAUGUUGGAGCCUUCCAAAUGAUCCCUUCACCGCCUUUUUUCCCCCCGACUCGCCGCCCUCCUCCUUCUAUUAUCCUGCAUGCUUUUAUAUUCCCAGCAUGCUUUGUCUCAGGCUUCGACUGUACAGUUUUAUCACCUCCGUUUCUCCUCGUCUAAACCCUCCUGGUCUUCAGAUUUCUUGAUGAUUGUCUGGUUCACCCUGCUUUCUGAGCAGCAGUGACCAGUUUUUUGUAAUAUAUUUCAGAGUGACGCGGAUGUACAGUUUACCCAAAAAUUAAAAAAAACAAAAAGGGAGCGGGGAAAAUGUUUACUUUAAUGAAUGCAUGUGUUUACUCUCCCGAUGCAAACAAUAAGCUAUU